AUGGCAAUCAGUCCUGCAGCCACAGCCAGUCCUCGCCUCAAUAGAGCCUGCGACCGAUGCAGGCGGAGAAAAGCAAAGUGCGAGAGCUCAGGUGGGUCAGAUCUAGUUGCAUGCGUCAACUGUGCUUUGUAUGCGGUCCAGUGCACUUUCGACUUGCCGCUUGCAAGGCGAGGGCCGAAACCAAGGCGUCGUAAGGAUCUGAACGUUGCCGUUCAUUCGGACUCCUUGCACAGUCCACUGGUCACACCAGCAACCGAACACUCGAGACAUGUACUAGCGCCGCAGGAUCUCUGUUCCACUCCUUUAGAUCCUCUAUCGCUGAAUUCGUGGGAUAAUGGACGCGGUGGACUCUCAGUGCUUGAUCCAGCCUUGUCCCCCGAAACCGUCCAUACGGUUAACACACAUAUCUCGAGUGAUGCCACGACAAGAGAACUGUCUGCUUUGCGGAGAUGGCAUGAUCUGGCGCAAAAGCUGGGCUUACAAGAUCUCUCGCAGGAUCCUUUGAUAUCACUAGAGCGGAUGACGAAUCGCUGUAUCGAAUUUUACUUCGAAUAUCUAUUUCCCCUGAUACCUCUCGUGCAUGAACCUAGUCUCCGUGACGGUCUAGCGUUUUUUGUGACUCAAGCUACCGACCAACGAUCCCGCCAAAGACAAGAGGAUGAUUUUGCAGUUGAUAUGCUGUAUGGAUCCAGCGGCGCCAAGUACCCAGAAUUAUGGCCCGAUGCCACAUUUACUUUGAUCACGGCUGUCUGUGCAGAAGCAGCGUUCCUUUCACCAAAAGAUAUAUUCCCCGAAGGCGAGAACGUUGCAGAAGCAUUCCUUCAAGCCUCCCGCGACUGUUUAGCAAGCUAUCUGGAAGUAGACAUCGAAUAUCCAAAUGCGAACUCGGUCGCUAUUCGGUACUUCCAUUCGAACUGCAUGCAUGCCGCAGGCAAACCACGACUAUCGUGGCAUAUAUUUGGCGAGGCUACUCGAUUAGCCCAAGCCAUGAAUAUCCACGAAGAACAGUCCCUGCAAGGCCUGAGUCCCCUCGAAGCCGAAUUCCGCCGCCGAGCAUUCUGGAUCCUGUAUAUCGGCGACAAAUCCGCUGCCAUAUUAAACAGCCGUCCAGUCGCGAUUCACAAGUACUCUUUUGAAUCAGGUAUCACCAUCGGUUAUCCCACCAGCAUUGGACAUGCGAACGGGCUAACGCCGGAGAGCCCGAGCCCAGAUAAUACGACCACCCGGGCGAGUUUCAUCACAGGCUUCAUUGCAAAUAUUCGUCUUUGGCAAAGUGCUUGGGACUUGCUACUUGAGCUGCGGCUCAUCGCGAGCCGUAAAAACAUCAAUUUAAUUACCCAGCAACCGUUGGUCGCAGAGGGAAAACAACUACUCGAUCAUCUCUUCAUCCUUUUUGCAACAUGUCUAGAUGAUCUGCCACCAUUUCUUCGAUCGGGUCAUCUUACCGUCGGGUUGAAUGAAGAUCGUGGCCGGCUGAACAGCCUUCAAAAGUUGUAUGUUAUCCAGGCGACUAAUCUGUGGGUGUCAAUGCCUUGCCUUAAGAUGGUAAUUACACAAAAGCUCAAGGAGUUCAACUACUAUCCUCCAGCUCACACUGAGAUGCUUUUGUUGAAGAAAACUGAAAUCGCUCGGGAUAUGCUACGAGUCAUUUGCGAUGCUCCGUUCUGGUCUUUGCAGGUAAAUGGGGAGCCAUGUGUGGAAAAAGUCCGACUCAUAGGAGCCAGGCUUCUGGAAAUUAUUGAUCAGCAUGAGGCUUCUCCGUUAUCUGCGCGGGCGCGUAACGAUCUCUCAAUACUGUUGGAAAUUCUUACUCGAUUGGACUCCAAGGCAUCAGACACCCUACGCCGGUCAAUUUGA